CACAGGUUUCGCCCGGGCCGGCGGCCGGCUGCCGGCUGCGCCUGCGCAGAGCGCGGCCCCACAGACGCGGUGCCGCUGCCGAGGAUGCAUAAGCUGAAGUCAUCUCAGAAGGACAAAGUCCGCCAGUUUAUGGCGUGUACUCAGGCUAGCGAAACAACCGCCAUCUACUGCUUGACACAGAAUGAGUGGAAACUAGAUGAGGCCACGGACAGCUUCUUCCAGAACCCAGACUCGUUUCACAGGGAGUCCCUGCGGAGCACUGUGGACCAGAAGAAGCUAGAACAGCUGUACGGCAGGUACAAAGACCCACAAGAUGAAAACAAAAUCGGAAUUGAUGGAAUUCAACAGUUCUGUGAUGAUUUAAGCUUGGAUCCUGCCAGUAUCAGCGUCUUGGUCAUCGCGUGGAAAUUCAGGGCGGCAACUCAGUGUGAAUUUAGCAAAAAGGAGUUUAUGGAGGGAAUGACGGAGCUUGGGUGUGACAGCACCGAGAAGCUGAAAGCGCUUCUGCCGAGACUGGAGCAGGAACUCAAGGACUCCACGAAGUUUAAGGAUUUUUAUCAGUUUACUUUUACCUUUGCUAAGAACCCUGGGCAAAAAGGGUUAGAUUUAGACAUGGCUGUUGCCUAUUGGAAACUGGUGUUAUCUGGGAGGUUUAAGUUUUUAGAUCUCUGGAACACGUUCUUACUGGAACAUCACAAAAGAUCCAUUCCCAGGGACACCUGGAACCUCCUGCUAGAUUUUGGAAACAUGAUUGCAGACGAUAUGUCCAACUACGAUGAAGAAGGCGCGUGGCCAGUCCUGAUAGACGACUUUGUCGAGUACGCCCGGCCAGUGGUCUCGGGUGAGCCCCGCCCUUGCUAGGAGGAGAGUGGAGACGGGGCCGGGUUGUGAGAUGAAGGCAUCCCGCGCGGCCACGCUCUGGUCAGUCACUGCACGCCUGCCACCCUCUUCAGAGGCCAUCCGCGACCAGGGGUGAGGCCGGCCUAGCCACCUCUGUCCACCCGACGGUGGCGGCCGACUCGGAGACCUGUCCUCAGCCGCUGCUUCGGGAGACUGCUGCAUGGUUUUUCUAGUUACAAAGAAACGGCCCACGGCCGUGGGCAGGGCUGCAGGGACGCUUAGCUCAGGGUCCGAGGUGACGCCAGGGUCACCAGAACUCUGCACUGCGCUGUGAUCGCCCUGAGGAGCCGCGCUGUGUCCUCGGGGGGCGCUGCACCUCCAGACAAGUCGGAGCUGUUGAAGAUGCACCCGGAGAAGGUGAUCCUCUACACAGCGUCGUUUUCUAAAUUUGUGCCAGAAAUUCAAGAGUUAUAUUUUUUUGAAUUAUCGAAUGUCUAGAUUUGCCAGAUCUAUUUUUGUUUGCACUUUCGGUAGUGUUUAUCUGGAAAUCACUUUCUGGUUUCUAAGACACCGUUGCAGUUUGCACGCGGGCACAGGCAGCGUGUCCCCAGUGAAGCUUCGCUUAGCUGCGUGCCGGAGGAGCCCCUCCGCGCCUGGUGAUGCUACUGAACUGCCUGGGAAGUCCGAGUGUUUGUAAUAUGUUUUAUUACAUUCAAGAAGGGAUUUUUCCAUGAGAAAGAUUUCUGUUGAGUGACGAGUUAGAUGUGAAAACCAGACGUGCUGGUUCCUGUCACCCAUGAGUGACACCCGCGCUGUCCAGCCAUCGCACGGUUAUGCACGCUUGACGCCGGCCCCAGGCCCCCGUCUCACCUGUGGGCCGCAGCCCACCCCUGCGCUGGGCACCUGGCUGGGUGCCCGUGCUCCUCCUGCCUCAGAGGGUCUGGACGCCCCUGCCCCUCUGGUGCUGAGCUGUGACCAUCGCUCUGUGGCCACACCUCGCUUGCCACGUUUGGCCUCAUAGGCCUGCCUUGCUGCCUGCCUGCAACUGGGCCAUGAAACAGGUGGGCUGGGGUCGCUCUGUGGUGGGGGGGGACCCCCUCCAGACACCACAGAGAGCACCCCCCCAAGGUGCCCUCUGCACUUCAGGGAAUGCUCGCUACUGCCCACAGUUUGUGUGCCCUGCCCCAGGUGGGACGAGCCGGCCCCUCCCAGUCAUGCGGCGAUGUAACCAGUCACGUGGGGACAUAACUAGGCCCACGAGGACAGAACUGGGGUGUAGGGACAGAACUAGUUGUGUGAGGAUUUAACUAGUCUUGGGACAUAACCAGUCACAUGGGGGCAUAACUAGGCAUGUGGGGACAUAACUAGUCAUAUGAAGACAUAACCAGUCACGGGUGUACAACUAGUCACAUGGGGUCAUAACUAGUUGUGUGAGGACGUAACUAGUCUUGGGACAUAACCAGUCACAUGGGGACAUAACUAGUCAUGUGGGGACAUAACUAGUGUGAAGACAUAAUGAGUCGUGUGAGGAUGUCACCAAUCACGUGGGGACGUAACUAGUCUUGUGGGGACAUAACUAGUAUGAAGACAUAACUAGUUGUGUGAGGACAUAACUAGUGUGAAGACAUAACGAGUUGUGUGAGGAUGUAACCAGUCACAUGGGGACAUAACGAGUCGUGUGAGGACAUAACCAGUCGUGUGAAGACGUAACUAGCAGAAUCUAGAGCAAGCCACGUGCCCUUUCUCGCCUCUGCUCCCCUCUUCAUAGCAGGAGCUGGGCCGUCUCUGUUAAUACGACCUCAGGCACGUUGGCUUUCCUUCCAGGCCCUGUGUGCUCGACCUGUAACCUGGGUUCAGAGAAGUGCCCAGAGCUCAGCCACAUGGAGACCGCGGGUCUGCACUCCCCUCUGAGACUUACACCCUGUGGGCUGUGCACACGUGGCAGAGAGGCUCGCCGCUCGGCCGCGUGCUGUGUGCAGGGCUGAGAUCUGCAGAAACAUUAAAGGUGUGUU